AUGCUUAUUGUUGACGGUGCUGCUUGGUUGUCCAACGAAAUAGCACUGGCAUGGAUACACGAGCGAGUACCGCGGGAUGCCGAUGGCAAACCUCUUCCAGAUCUAUUCUUUAGCAUUUUUCCAGAGAUUACUGGGGCUAUCAAAGUGACGGAAUAUAUAAUGUUGCUAAUAUUAAUAUCAGCAUUAGGAAUAAUUUUUACGCAUCAACACCGUUGGAUUGUGGCGAGAAGAGUGUUCUUUUGUGUUGCAUUAUGUUACUUCAUUCGAGCGUUUUUUAUUUGCAUAUUUCAGGUACCAGUCCCAAGUCGAAAAACGUAUUGUGCGCCCAAAACUGAAGGAGGUCUAAAAAUUAUUUUCCUUAGGGUUGUCAAAAUAUUUUGGUCGGCAGGCAUCGAACAACUACGGCCUAGGGAAUUAUGUGGAGAUCUGAUUGUCUCAGGUCAUACGGUUUCGUUGUUCAGUGCUGUUUUAACCGUUCGGUACUAUGUGCCUCGUCGCUUAAAUUUGAUUGCACAAAUUUAUAAAUACCUGGCUUUAGUAGCAUUGCUUUGUAUACUAUUUGCUAGGAAACAUUAUACAAUUGAUCUCGUACUUGGUUAUUUGAUUACUACCAGAGUUUUUUGGACAUAUCAUUCACUAUCAAUCUCGUAUCACAACAAUGAUUUGGAUUCAAAUCCAUUCAAUCAAUCAUUCUGGGCUUUCGUUAUACCGUACUUCGAAAAUGACGUGACACCACCACAUAAAUUUUUAAAUCGACUACAGUGGCCAUCAAGUUGUCCGCAAAAGAUUCAGAGAAGACUUGCUUAG